CACACUACCCCCCCUACCUUCCCAACACCUUCUGAGUCUUAAGCUCAAAACUCUCAUUUAUAUCUAGCUAGCUUGCUUACCCUUGCCGGAUUCUGGAUUUUGCAUGGAGUUGUAGGAGACCUAACCUCAUUUUGCAUAACAAUAUUAAUUUCAGUAUAUAGUAAAUAGUUUCAAAGGUCUCUUUACCACUCCAAGGAUCCUUUUCUUUCUUUGAAGCUUUGAAGUUAUUUUCUGGUAUAAUUUUGGUGGAAGAUGGGAGAAAUGUCAAGCUUCCAGUUGGGUGUUAUUGGUGCACUGUUUCUUUCAGUGGCAUCAUCUGUCUCCAUUGUCAUAUGCAACAAAGCUUUGAUGAGCAAUCUUGGCUUCCCUUUUGCUACAACCCUCACUAGCUGGCACCUCAUGGUAACUUUCUGCACCCUUCAUUGUGCUCAACGUUUCAACAUGUUUGAGUCCAAGUCCAUUGACACGAAGACUGUAAUGCUCUUUGGCAUUCUUAAUGGUGUUUCUAUUGGACUGCUCAACCUCAGCCUGGGAUUCAAUUCCAUUGGAUUUUACCAGAUGACCAAACUUGCAAUCAUACCCUUCACUGUUCUAUUGGAAACUCUUUUCCUGAAAAAACAAUUUAGCCAGAAGAUUAAAUUUUCUCUCCUCCUUUUGCUUGUUGGAGUUGGCAUAGCCUCUGUGACAGAUCUCCAGCUCAAUUUUGUUGGAACAAUUCUCUCUAUGCUAGCCAUUGUAACAACCUGUGUGGGCCAAAUUCUGACAAAUACAAUACAAAAGAAGCUCAAUGUGUCUUCAACUCAGCUGCUUUAUCAGUCCGCCCCAUUUCAGGCUGCUAUUCUUUUUGUCUCAGGCCCUUUGGUUGAUCAAUUCCUCACCAAAAGGAAUGUUUUUGCUUACAAAUAUUCUGCAAUAGUCUUGGCUUUCAUCAUCCUCUCAUGCUUCAUAUCAGUAGCUGUGAACUUCAGCACCUUUAUGGUGAUAGGCAAGACAUCACCAGUUACAUAUCAAGUUCUUGGCCACCUCAAGACUUGCCUUGUUCUUGCCUUUGGCUAUACCCUUUUGCAUGACCCUUUCACUAUUAGAAAUAUCUUUGGAAUUCUUGUUGCCAUCUUUGGCAUGGGCUUGUACUCUUAUUUCUGCACCCAAGAGAACAAGAAAAAACAAUCUGUUGACCUUUCAUUGGGAACUCAGAUGAAAGAGAAGGAUAGCACACCACUCAUAGCAAUGCAAGACAAAGAAAGUCAUGAGGCAAAGAAAUCUCUGGUCUAAGUAAAUAGGCUUCUUCUUUUUGUUAUAAAAAGGUUCUAUGUAUCUGCAGGGUGUUGUUUGGUCUAAGACAUUUUGUUGGGUGUAAGUAAAUGAUUUUGAUUCUUUCAAAUAAACCCUCUUUAUAUUCUUUUUUUA